AUGGCCGGACACAGGCCCUCAAACUUCUCCCCACUGCCAGGCAGUGGUAGGAGCGGGCCCACAGGGCCAAUGCCUGUGCGGGUUGACGCUCCGCUCUGGUUGAGUGCCCAGGCAGCUCCCCGCAUGCUGAUGGUCCGGCCAGGGAUCGGGCCGGGGGCCAGCCCAGGCCCUGAGGGGUGGAAGGUGCCCCUGGGUCCACCACCGUACAAAUUCUACAGCGGGAUGGCACCCCGCAGGCCCAGAGUCGGAGCUGGUGAGGCUGGGCCCCGUUUCCGGAGCCCCUCGGAGGGCGCCUUCCAGAGGCCCUACAUCAUCCUGCGGUGCACCCCGAGUUUGGCGCUGCCAGAGGAUGUCUCGGCCAUAGAGAAAGAGUUGGAGCAGCUGGCCAAGGAGCUGAGGCAAAAGAGGAUGGCCCUGGGGUACUCGCAGGCCGACGUGGGGUUCGCCUUGGGGGCUCUUUUUGGAAAGGUGCUUAGUCAGACAACCAUCUGCCGCUUCGAGUCCCAGCAGCUCAGCCUUACCAACAUGUGGAAGUUGCGACCACUGCUGAAAACGUGGCUGGAGGAAGUGGACACCAAGAACUUUCUGGGCUUAUGCAAAAUGGAGAUGAUCCUGCGGCAGGCUCGGAAGCAGAGACGGGCAAGCAGGGAGAGUCGCAUCCAAAACAAUCUGGAGCAACUCUUCUUGCAGUGCCCGAAGCCCACACCCCAGCAGAUCAGCUGCAUCGCUGGGCAGCUCCGACUGCAGAAGGAACUGGUCCGAGUUUGGUUCUAUAACCGGAGCAAGAUGGGUGGUCAGCCAGCCAUUGAUUUCUGCCCACCGGAGGAACUGGGGGCAGCCGGGCCUCCUUUCCCAGGGGGAGCCGUGUGCUUUCCCCCUGCAUCGGGGCUCCAUUUUGAGUCCGCCCACUACAAAGAGCCCUACUUUAUACCCAUGUACUCCCCUACCCCUUUCCCUGUGGCAGGGACCCCCCUCUCUGCCCCAGCCACCGCUCAGGGCCACCCCAGGCUUUCAAACUGA